AUGUUCAAGCGCGCAUUUCGAUCGCAGGCCGCCGCCCCGACGGUGGACCCGCAGCGCCGAGUGGACAAGUCGGCACGACUAGCAAAGCGGAGUGGUGGAGGUGGUGCCGGAGGACCCAGCGGCGGGUCGUUUUCGACACGGGACAGCACGCAUAAACUGUCGCGGCUGCAGCGGUCGCUCUCGCAGAUGGACGGCCAGGACGAGGUGCUGAUGGCAGACGGACCGUCGUCGCGGAUAGCUGCACCGCCGUCGCCGAUCGUCACGCUGACAGUUGGCCGCGAGGGUCGGCUGUUUGCUGCACACGAAGACGUGCUGUGCCAGAGCCCAUUUUUUGAGGCGCUAUUCCGGCGCAGCAGCAGAAACAAGAACAGCAACAGUCCGGACGUGUCGACAACCAAGCGGAUCGUGCUGCCGGAAGAGGAGCCCGAGAUCUUCUCGGCCGUGCUGGAAUACCUCUACAAGGGCGACUACUACCCGCGCCUGGUGCACAGCCACAACGGCAAUGCCUGGGAGCUCGAGGACUCGACGCCGACACCCGAGACGUCGCCCCCAACGGCCGUAGAGCCGACGGUGUUCCUCGCCAGCAUGGGCCAGCACCUGCUACGCGAUACAGUCGUCUACUGUGCGGCCGACCGGUACGGGCUCGAGGAGCUCAAGCGGCUGGCCCUGCGCAAGCAAGGCCUGCAGAGCGGCAUCGACGUGGCGACGAUUCUUCGGAGCGCGCAGUACUGCUACGGCCAUACGCCUGACUCAGACAGCCGGCUGCGCGCACACUACCUGGCGCUUAUCAUCCGCUGUCGCAAGACCUUCAAGCGCAGCGGCACGAUGCAGGCCGAGAUGGAGCGGUCUGGCGAGGGCGGGAAGCUGUUCUUCGACCUGUUUGUCGCGCUGUGCAACCACCUGGACGACGUCAUCGAUGCCUCCAAUGCCAGGACGCCCCGUACGAUCUGA